UUUUUUUUUUUAAAUCCAGGAGCUGAUAUAAAUCCGCCCACUGACGCACACGUUACCAGUUUGAUAUACGCGUCCAAAACCAACAACUCUACCACAAAACAGUUACACACUUCUGACGGGGAUAUUUUAAGCGACAGCAGGCUCGUCAGAAGAGGCGUGUUGGUUUGGCCUGGAUCGGGAUCGCGUCGGAUACUAGCUACAAAUCUUCUUUGGAGAAAAUUACAACACGGGCCAUACAUUGGUGCACACUGACUCAGACAAGGGAUUCAGACAAAAAAAAACCUUCAGAGUCAGAUCAGCUUAAUUUAACAACCGCAAGGACAGGAGGAGGGGUGAAAAAUUGGACCUUUCAGCUACUCUCCUCUAAUGUCCCAGAGACACUAUGACUGCUGUCGGGGCACCAAACUGCUGAGUGAAACCCCUUGAAACAGCCCUCCGACUCAGUCUUACUAAAGAUAUGAAGGAGGUGAGGCUGUGGACAGCCAGUGACGUCUCUGAUUGGCUGACCGACGAAGGCUUGCAGGAGUACACUGAUGCAUUCCAGGACGUGGAUGGCCCUGCCCUCUUGAGAUUGUCUGAGGAAGACUUUAAGGCUUCGCCUUUGUCCCUGGUCUCAGGGGACAGUGGUCGACAUCUUUUGGAACGCAUAAAGACUUUGCUCUUAACCAGCCACAUGAAGGCACACAAGAACAACAACAACAACGAAAACGGUCACACUGUCAUCACUCUUGCCAACGGCAGUGUGAGCAAUGGCAAGAUCCACAACGGCAUUCCAAAGAAUGGCUUGCAUCCAGAGCCAGUUCGAAUCUUGAUCCCACAGCCGCCUGAGCAGGAGCGCACGCCGUAUCCCACGGAGUGGUUCAAAACAGGUGUGGCCUUCCUUUACGCUCUGUUCUGCUUCCUUACCACAACAGUUGUGAUCUCAGUGGUGCACGAACGUGUCCCACCCAAGGAAGAGUCUCCACCCCUGCCGGAUAAAUUCUUUGAUCUGUUUGAUCGUGUGGAGUGGGCGUUUUCCAUCUGUGAGAUCAAUGGCAUGCUGCUGGUGGGACUCUGGUUUAUGCAGUGGCUUCUGCUUAAACACAGGUCUAUAAUCGGUCGUCGGUUCUUUUUUAUUGUGGGAACUCUGUAUUUGUACAGAUGCAUGACCAUGUACGUCACGACAUUACCUGUGCCAGGCAUGCACUUCAAGUGCUCCCCAAAGAUCUUCGGUGACUGGGAGGCACAGUCACGGAGGGUAAUGAAAAUGAUGGCUGGUGGUGGCCUGUCAAUCACUGGCUCUCACUCUUUGUGUGGAGAUUACUUGUACAGUGGACACACAGUGAUGCUGACACUAACAUACCUCUUUAUUAAAGAGUAUUCUCCACGGAGGUUCUGGUGGUAUCCCUGGAUCUGCUGGUGCCUGAGUGCCGUCGGGAUCUUCUGCAUCCUGUUGGCUCAUGAUCACUACACCAUAGAUGUGUUGUUGGCCUACUUCAUAACCACACGCCUCUUCUGGUGGUACCACACAAUGGCCAAUCAGCAGGCUCUAAAGGAAAUUUCAACUGGCAACCUGUUCUCUCGUGUGUGGUGGUUUUAUCCAUUCCAGUACUUUGAGAGUAACGUACGUGGCAUUGUGCCUCGAAACUACCAGCUGCCAUUCCUGUUUCGAACAGUGACGUGCACCCGGGUUAAGUACAGUAAGCUGGACUCGCGGGAGUCAUGACCCAUGGCUUCUGAUUGGCUGCAGCUCUGUGAGACUCUAAAAGAGAAACUACUCUUCCCAUCAGGCCCUGCAAAACUGGUUGAGCAGUGUGACGCAUAUACACAGAUCAUUUUGUAGUAUUUGAAUCAUUUCAGUGUCCCUAGCAGGUAUGUAUAUGUAGAGCAGAGCAUCUAACAACUGGAUUUGAUUUGCUGCUCUUUAUACUAGUUAAAAACGGCCAGGCCUUGGUCCGAUAAAGAACGAAGCCUUUUUGCGGUCUUCUCAAUGAACUUGGUCUGGUGGAAUAUGUCAUUUAAAUUUCAUUUACCUUCCAAAACUGUAUUGAAUAAACUGGAACCCUUAUAGAACCAGAUUUUCUUUUUAAAAAGCAUCUUUUUGUAAUAAUUUAAUUCUGGAGUAAGGCUUUUAAAAAAUAUUUUGCAGGUUUAUUUUGCAAAAAAAAAAAGUGUCGUCCAAAUAGAAUAUAUUUUUUAGAUUUGUACUUUCCUGAAAGCAUGGGGGCCGUACAGCUUCAGUGUUUUCUAGUGCCUUUCUUCCAUACACAGAUACUGUAUAUAUUUCAACGUACAGUACAUAUACAAGUAAUAUACACACAUCAACACCUUGUAAAUGCUUUAAACCUUUAUAUAGUUUGUUAACCCGCAAUGUUGUCUGUCUGAAUGUCUAAAUGUUCUGUUUGGACCGUGAUCAUUAAGAGCGGCAGUAUGUUUUUAAAGAAGCUUUCAAUGUGGGACGUCAGGUCUGCCUUUCACAUCAAAACAAUCCUUUGAAUCUAAACCUGAGCACACACACUACCUUGUGUUUAACAUUUGAUGAUUAUGUUCAAUUUUUCAUUACUGAAGAUUUACUUUUUCUUUUCCGUAUCAUCCAUUGAUCUAGCCAACAGAAUAAAGAAGAAAUGUAGGAGGGACUAGUUUUGAUGUUUUUCAAUCAGGAUCUAGUGUUGAUUUGACAAAACACCGCUCAAACUUUGUCACGACUGAAGGGCUGUUCAUACAGGACAUGUUUUUGCUUUCAGUUGAAUGAAACGAAACCUUUUAACUCCGCGAUCGUGGUCUGAGAUGUCUUAAGUUUACAUAGCAAAACAACUAAAAGUGGUGCAGAUGUGUGCCAGAAUGCAUUUUGUGUGACUGGCCUCAGCAUGUGUUUGUUAACUCCUUUAAUGCACCAAAGUUUUAAUGAGUCUCUUAUUGCAACAUAGCUUUCAUAAAGAAUCCAAAGCUUUGAAAACCAUCCUAAUAUUAAGGAAAGUCAGAAAAGAUUUAUUUUUACAGACUGAGUGUUUACAAUUUUACAUUGUGUGUGUAGACUGGAUAAUCUUUACAUUUAAAUAACAUUGUUGUAUACUGUGCAACAUACCAUUUUAAUCUGUCAAAGUAAAUUACCCUAAUAUGUGUAGCUUUUGAUUCUGAAAGUAUGGUAACUGAAGGUAUUUGAGGGCUGCUUCUUUAAUGUGAAGUGUGUCUGCUCAAAAUGUGCUUCUGCUACCCAAAGGAAUCAAGUCUCUUGCUAAAUAGCCGGAAGUGUUAUAAAUGUUCUGGAGCAAGAACCAAAUAGAAACUGGUGUUAUUUGUGACCGGUAGACUGAAUGACAGGACUGUAAAGCGACUGAAUGAAUUGCUAGUGUGAAUGUACAAUCAAUGACUGUACACAGUUUAGAACUGGAAGAAUAAUCAGAAGCACUUUAAAAUGAUGCCCAGUCACACAUUUCUCCAACACACUGUACUUCAGUGACCUGCACACUAAUAAACCUGGAGGGCAAAACCCGUUUUAUUAUUCCCCCAGUAACAGCCUGAUUGAUGAUGAUGAUGGUGGUGGUUUAAUGCUUUGCCUCAAACUGACAGGGAAAUCAGACCUGUGAAUGUGCGACAUGUACCAAUAUGCAGCCGAAUCAUUACAUUUAGUGUGGAUGUGGAUAACUGCUAUAUGCCACAGAAUUAUGUUAAUGUAUUUUUUUUUUUUUCUGGAGACCAUGGAAAAGUCAUACAUUUUAUGUCAUAGUCAUAGAUUUUAAAUUUAAAUUGAAUUGUUGGUUUAUUUAAUCCAUUUCAUGCCGUCUGACUGACUUGAGAAGUGAACCGAGUGUUGGCUUAUGACUGUAAAUGCAUGUUGUUUUUUCUUGUUGUUUUUUUUUUUUUUCUUUGCAUUGUCAAUCAAAAAUCCAGCCUUGUCAAAGUAAUUUGUAUAAUGUUAACCUGUGCUAAAAAACUCUUAAUGAGACAAUGAGGAGGGGGCAGGAAUUGAAUAAAAAAACUUAAGACUCUG